AUGUUAUCGCAAUACGUAGAAGAAUUAGAACAGGACCCAUUCGAGGUAGAAGAAUUCAUCGAAAGACUGUGCUGGCGGACAAACAACGAAAUCGGCUCGGACCAGUUCGACCCGGACCUGCUGUACGAAACGUUCGUCGAAACCAUAAAGGAUAUGAAGAUUCUACAGGAGCGCCAGCAACGGAAAUGCGAUAAGCUCGAAGAAGCCCUGAAAGAAGAGCAAGCAAUCUUCGUGAAGGCGAUCGAUAAGUUCGUUGCCAAACAUCAGGUGUCGGUCGACUACUUUCAUCAGCUGGAUGAAAAGAUCAACUCAGUAGCGGGAAAAGUGAUUCAUCUCGGUGAACAGCUGCAAAAUGUAAAUAUGCCACGCAGUCGUGCCGUGGAAGCACAAUUGUUGCUAAACCACAUGACAGAAUUUCUCACACCCGGUCCGAUCGUGAAUGAUAUCUAUAGCGACAAAAGCAAGCUGUACGAGGCGGCUGACAUUAUUCAGAAGCUGUUUCAAAUAUCGCAAGACCUUCCGGCGCAGCGGUUUGCGAAUGCAAAGAAAAAGAUCGAAUCCAAGUACGAUGAUGUGGAGAUGCAGCUGAUAGAGGAAUUUGCCACGGCACAGAAGAUGGAAAAUAUCGAGCGUAUGAAAGAGCUGUCGGACAUUCUGUCCCAGUUCAAGGGCUACACGCAGGUAAUCGACGUGUACAUCGAGCAGAGCCAGGCCACGACAUACGGUGGGCGGGAUGUGUUCGAAGGAAUAGUGCCGUUGUGUCACAAGCACUAUAAAAUCAUACAGCAGGUGUUCAAUGCACCGGAUAAAGUGAUCAGCAAAUUUAUCCUGAACAUAUAUCAGCUUAAAAUAAACCAGUUCGUGCAGACUAAGCUGGACGAUCGCAAGGAUGAGGGCAAGUAUCUGAAAACGCUGUCCGAGCUGUAUUCCCGCACGAUGAAACUAAGCGCAGAAUUGCAAGAAUUUUUCAAAGGUUCCGAGGAUGAUCUGUUGCAGAAGCUGACGGCUAACAUUUUCGAUCGCCAUCUGGCCACCUACAUCGAGGUAGAAAACCGCACGCUAGACGGAAAGUGUCAGGUGGAAUUGAAAAAAUUCUACGAAAACAAAAACCACCAGAAGAAACAGAUGGAACGGUUCCAGGAGCUAAGGCGAGACAUGCAGGCACUGAUCGGCAGCAGGGCUAAUAUAAACAUUGCCCAGAUCGAAGACUAUGGCGGCGAAACGUUCCUAUCGGAGGAGCUUGCCAUCAAUCUGUUGCAGCAGUCUUCGCACGCAUUCGAACGAUGUUGCUUGCUGUCGAAGGAAAACGAUUUACCGCGCAAUAUCCUUAAGCUUACCGACACGCUGUUGCGUUACCUGCUGCACGAGCACUGUGAUUACGCGCUUGAUCUUGGGCUGCAGGCGAUCCCGAUCGCGGAAUGCAAAAGCGUGCCGCAGAUAUACUUCUUCGAUGUCGCACAAAAAUGUAACGCGAUUGUGCACCUGCUGGAAAAGACGUACAAUGCAAGCGUCAUUCCGAACGUGAUCGGUACCCCGCAGUAUACGGACUGCAUACAGAAGAAGCGCUCCUAUCUGGAGACGGUGGAGAAUAAGAUUGAAACGGGUCUGGAGCGUACGCUAAACGCCAUCUUCGGUUGGGUGAAAACAUACUUGGGAAAUGAGCAGAAAAAAGCCGACUUCAAGCCGGACACGGAUGUCGAUACGGUGGCAUCGAAUGCGUGCCUGGCCGUGGUACAAUACCUAAACCCACUGAUUGGCCUCAUCCAGAAGACAAUAGAUGGAGAAAAUUUGGCUGCCGUACUGACGGAGUUUGGGAUCCGUUACCAUCGGGUCGUUUUCGAGCAUUUGCAACAGUUCCAGUAUAAUACGGCCGGUGCCAUGUGCGCCAUUUGCGACGUGAACGAAUAUCGGAAGAGUGCACGGGUCCUGCAGAGUCCGCUGGUAACGCAGCUGUUCGAUGUGCUGCAUGCGUUGUGCAAUUUGUUGUUGGUAAAGCACGAAAAUCUGCAGGAAGUUUGUGGUGGUGAUACGUUGAACUAUCUCGACAAAUCGGUAGUGAUGAAUUUUAUUCAGCUGCGUAGCGAUUAUAAGACGAUCAAGAUAUCCAACUCAUUGAAGGGCAUAUCGGAUCAGAGAAUGGUGUAG